AUGCCCACCCCGACAGGAGUCAGAAGCCUUACUAGCUCCUUAGUUUUCCAUAUGAAUACGUAUCUACCAAGAUUGCGAAAACAGCACCUUUCAACCACUGCAUUGUUGUUAAAACCGGAGACCAAACACAUCACCAGAGAAACCCUGCAGCCUUUCUAUCAGCAGGAACAAAUUUCUGCUUUGCUCGAUGUUGAAAACGGUAUCUCCCGGACAGCCCCUCUUCGGUGGAAGCCACGAAGGCGAGAUUCAUUUAGCCUACCGUAUUUCACUGAUUUAUCAAGAGUCGAUCCAUUCCUCGACAGCACACCCUCUGGAGUCCCAAAGUCGGGACGCUGGCCCAGCCAGCCCGUCCCGAAGAUGGAAGAUACUCAAUUCCAACAAGGAGAAGAAGAUGACGAAAACAAAAUAAAGGAUCUUUCCCGCUUAACCGGUCUCCCAAUACUUUACCUCCAAUCAUUAAAAAUCCGCGAACUUGUCACCCACCGUGUUACUAAUCAGACAAGGCUCGGGAAGAUCGCUAAGCAAUAUGUUUUGACAAUAGCAGGCGACGGGAAUGGUAUGAUAGGGAUAGGAGAAGCUAGUUCUACCUCGGGAGAACUUGCUAGCCGUUUAUCCCAAUAUCAAGCUAUCAAAAAUCUGCGGCCGAUCGUAAGAUAUGAGGAUCGUACUAUACAUGGAAACGUCAAAGUCAAGAUGGGGGCUGUGGAGGUACUCUUGAUGUCAAGGCCACCAGGAUUUGGUGUCCGAUGUUCGCAAUACAUUUUUGAAAUUUGCCGCUGUGCUGGUAUUUCCGACCUUGCCGCACGAGUGGAAAGGUCGCGAAAUCCGAUGAAUGUAAUCAAAGCCACAGUACAAGCACUGACAGCCCAAAAGACGCCUGAUGCUAUUGCUAAGGGCAGGGGCAAAAAGAUCGUGGAUGUCCGGAAGGCAUAUUACGGCCGCGGUGUCUAUUAG